GUUAUAAAACACACAGAAUAAUUAACAUUUGCCUUAAAGAUUUAUAAGCCACAAUAAAUCAAAAGGUCCUCCAGAGCUAAAUCGAUAGCAAGCAUCAGUCUGUGUCAUAUUCUUUUCAUGGUACACAAUGUAGUUACAAUGUAGCCUCAAUUUACAUGCAAAUGCUACAUUUCUGAUCAAAUGCUGCAACAAUUACAUUUUUCAAAGGUCAAAGAAUGUGUGGAACUUUUCUGAUUGCCUCCCAGCUUACCAAUUAUCCAAAAAAUGUGGUUCAGUCUGUUUCCAAGCAACAGCAGCACCACACAUUUGAACCUCUUUUCUUUCUGUGUUUCUUCCUUUUAAGUUAUGAUAAGGACAGACUAACCUUGACCACAAAACUACCUUUCUCAAUCAGGAAAUUCUCAAUUAAGCAAAGGUUAUUUCUGAGUGUGCCUCUGUGAUUGUGUAUGGUAUUGCAAACCAGUGCUGUCUUGCAGCAUAUUAUAGGAAUAUAACUACCAAAGAAGACCUGCUUCUGCGCGUAAGUUUGAUUCAUAGGUUGUGCAAUAUGCUCAUUCCUGCUGAUGCCUGUAAGCAGCACUGGAACUGGAGGAAAUCCUUGCAGAAUUUAUACAAGUCACCAUGACUGGCACUAUUAGAGGUUAGUAAUAAAAAAUAUCAAGUAUUAAAAAUGGUUCUUUGAAAGCUCAGCUGACUCAUAACAGGCCAUAUGUUCUCCUCCAAACAAUCACUGACAACAACCUGUAGUACAUGACACCAGCCAAUCUCUGAUAAGAUCAGAACUGCUUCAAAAGUCUUGUUUUAGCUUGGUACCACAGGAUGGCCACCUUGCCCUAGGCAGCCUGAGACUACAGGUAACAGUCAGACGAAGAAUUUAGCUCAAAGAAUUUAUAUCAACUGUACGUCAUUCACACUCAACCGUCAAACAGACCUAGGUGGAUAACCUGAUUCUCCAAAGAGAAGCAACAGUAUUAGAGAAGGAAUUGUAGAGGACAUCAUGAGAGAGACUAUGGAAAAAGUCCAAAACACCACUCAUGGAUAUGGCUGUUUUCAACACUGCAUGCCUCUGGUAAGACAGAUUUAAUAGGUUUUUGAUUAAAAAUAUAAUUGACAUCCACGACUUGUUAAUAAAACUGUAGACUCUGUAAAAUCUUGCGGUUUCCAGGACUUUUAUUCUUGUCUGUUUCUUAUUAAGCGCAUGUCAUUUCUUACUUUGCUCACUCUGAACUUUAAGGGACAAAGCACAUCCAGCACAUCCACCUCCGCUACAGUCAGCCGCCUCUUGAGAUUUGGAGCUGUGGCUCUUAUUGUUGGUGUCGUGUUCAUGCUGUGUGCAGCCAUGGCUGCGCUCUACCUGUGGAAAGUCAGUGACAAAAAUGUUUAUAAUGUGCGUUACAGUAUGAACAUCAAUGGGGAGGUGAGGGAGGGUUCCAUGGAAAUUGACUCUGACAACAACCUGGAGAGAUUCAAAACUAGGAGCGGAGCUGAGGAAGCUGUGGAGAUUCAUGACUUUCAAAUUGGAAUAACUGGAAUCCGCUUCUCUGGAGGAGACAAGUGCUAUAUAAAAUCCCAAAUCAAAGCCAGCCUUCCACACAUGGGAGCUCACAAGAAAGAGUCGCUGAUGUUUGACCUGACAGAUGAACUAAUGCCAGUGAGGUUUGAUGAAGAGUUCCUCAUAUGGGUCGCAGGAGAGCAGCCACUCAAGGACACCAGUUUUCUGAGCAACAAAAUUCUGAGUCUUUGUGGAGAACUUCCAAUUUACUGGCUUCAACCCACGUUCCCGAAAGAUGGGGAAAGGAGAAAGAGAGACACACAGCGAGCCAAACGGCAGUUUAACAUGGAGGAGUUUGAGGCAGCUGCUGGGGAGAGGGACCCGGUGAGUCACGCAGAGGAUGACACCUCCAAGAAUCAUGGAAGAAGAAGAGGAGGGGGCACAGUCAACCGCAGGGUCAGCGUACAAUCCCGAAAACCCCUAUCAUGUGACGGAGGAGCCAGAGAGGAAAGUGCCAUGACCUUUGACACCAUGUUAGACCACCAGGGGAUCUGCUGCUCAGAGUGCCAGCGCAGCUACACUCACUGUCAGAGAAUAUGCGAGCCUCUGCGUGGCUACUGGCCUUGGCCUUACAACUACAGAGGGUGCCAGGUAGCUUGCAGAGUCAUUAUGCCUUGUCGCUGGUGGGUGGCACGCAUUCUAGGUGUUGUGUGAGAAAACAUGCUACAUUUGUGAGGGAACAUAUAUUAUUUUUAUUCCCAAACACCCUAAAGGUCACUAAAUUUUCAGCUUCUCUUCAGACAGGCAUGCAGAUAUUUAUUUUCUUUGACUGUAAAUACUCUCAGAGCUACACCUGUUAACAUGAAAUGCAGAUUGUGAUGUUUGAUCAUCUACACUAUGAAACCUAUGCUAACUGAAAGACUAGACAAAAUAUUUGACAUAUAUAAACA